AAUUGCUAUCACAUUCGAGCUCUCAUCACAGAAGGGGGCAUCUGGUUUUUGAUCAUCCCCUUUCUCUCCUGCAACAUCUUCAAUUUUCAGAUCGGGCAGUGGCAGAUCGCGUAAAUUUGAAUUUGACAAAAUGUACGGCUUCGAGGCGAUGACGUUCAACAUUCACGGCGGGUACUUGGAGGCCAUAGUACGGGGACACCGUGCGGGCCUUCUCACUGCCGCCGAUUACAACAAUUUGUGCCAGUGCGAGACCCUCGACGAUAUUAAGAUGCACCUUUCUGCCACCGAGUAUGGGCCCUACCUCCAAAAUGAACCGUCCCCAUUGCAUACAACUACAAUUGUGGAAAAGUGCACCCUUAAAUUGGUUGAUGAGUAUAAGCACAUGCUAUGCCAAGCCACAGAGCCCUUGUCAACCUUUUUGGAGUACAUUACAUAUGGCCACAUGAUAGACAAUGUUGUCCUGAUUGUUACUGGAACCUUGCAUGAGAGAGAUGUUCAGGAACUCUUGGAAAAAUGCCACCCUUUGGGCAUGUUUGACAGCAUUGCCACCCUGGCAGUUGCACAGAAUAUGCGGGAGCUUUACAGACUGGUGCUUGUUGACACACCACUUGCUCCUUACUUUUCUGAAUGUAUUACAUCUGAGGACCUGGAUGAUAUGAAUAUUGAAAUAAUGAGGAAUACUCUUUACAAGGCAUACCUUGAAGAUUUCUACAGGUUUUGUCAGAAACUAGGUGGCGCCACAGCAGAGAUCAUGUCUGACUUACUUGCUUUUGAGGCUGACAGAAGGGCGGUCAAUAUUACCAUAAAUAGUAUUGGAACUGAGCUUACUCGUGAUGAUCGCAGGAAGUUGUAUUCUAGCUUUGGUUUGCUUUAUCCCUAUGGCCAUGAAGAACUCGCUGUCUGUGAGGACGUUGAUCAGGUCCGUGGUGUCAUGGAAAAAUAUCCUCCAUAUCAGGCUAUCUUUUCAAAACUAUCCUAUGGUGAGAGCCAGAUGCUUGACAAGGCAUUUUAUGAAGAGGAGGUGAAAAGGCUUUGCUUAGCAUUUGAGCAACAGUUCCAUUACGGUGUUUUCUUUGCAUACAUGAGGUUGAGGGAGCAGGAGAUCAGAAAUCUUAUGUGGAUAUCUGAGUGUGUGGCUCAGAACCAGAAGUCCAGAGUUCACGACAGUGUGGUCUUCAUAUUUUAGUUUGGAUUGGGACUCGAGACAGAUCAUUAGAGAUAAUUAUUUGUUCUUUUGCAUAAUCUUCUGUAAAUCUCCUCCCCGUCUUAUCCUGGAACGAAUUGUAGAGAUGGGGGUGCAGUUGCGUUGUUUGCAAUAUCUGGUGUUCCUAAUAAGCACUUUUGCAUAUAUUCCAAUUGUUCUUUUUAGAGGGAAAAUGUCUUAAAUUCCGAGAUCGAACAUGUGUCAGUUGUGAGGAUAAACUGAAUUUAUGUAUUGUAAUUUGAGAUAUAAUAUAGUAGCACUUAUUCAAACUCA